AGCAGGAAAGAAGUCAAAUCCAGUGGGGCAUAAAAUUGUACAACGCGAUGCACCGAAGUUUUCCCUCUUCCUAUAUGAAGUAUAAACCUCUCCCUUCCAUCGUUAUGACUCAACAGAACAAUCUGUCAGACUAAGCUCAUUGCUUCCCAACUCAUUCUGCUGCUACAGAGUGCAGUCAUAGACUCAUAGCCAUGUCAUCCUUACACUACAUAACUACCCAGAGUGUUCUCCCUCUUUCCAAAAUGAAACCAAAAUGCAGACCCGUCUCGAAGUCUUCCCAGACCCCAGUUUUCUCGAGAGAGCAAAAACAGAGAACGAAGUCGUGGGUACUACGCUCCGCGGUGGAAGAGCUGGACGUGAUCCCUGUACAUAGUACGGACGGUACGGACCAUCAAGAGGGCGUGGUUGUGGGCCGGGUGGAGAGAGAAGGCGGGUUGGACGCGGAGUUGGUGAGCGUGUUCGGAGCGAAUGAGGGAAGGCUAUCGUUCGAAGGGGCCGGUGAGUUUCAAGGCUUUUCUUCCUCUUCUUCUUCGGGUUCGGUUGGUGAUGGAGUUGGGAAUAGAGAAAAUGAGGAUAUGGAGAGACCCCUAGAUAGGACUAUCAACGCAACAAUUGUUUUGGCCGCGGGUACUUUUGCCAUCACCAAGUUGGUCACCAUUGACCAGGAUUACUGGCAUGGGUGGACGCUUUUUGAGAUAAUAAGAUAUGCACCUCAACACAACUGGAGUGCUUAUGAGGAAGCUCUUAAGAGAAAUCCAGUUUUGGCAAAAAUGGUUAUUAGUGGAGUGGUGUACUCUCUAGGGGAUUGGAUUGCACAGUGUUACGGGGGAAAACCUCUCUUUGAGUUUGAUCGAGCACGAAUGUUCAGAUCUGGCCUUGUUGGCUUUACUCUACACGGUUCCCUUUCUCAUUAUUAUUACCAGUUCUGCGAGGAGAUUUUUCCCUUCCAGGAUUGGUGGGUGGUUCCUGCCAAAGUAAUCUUCGACCAAACUGCAUGGGCGGCAGUUUGGAACAGUAUUUAUUUUACUGUAUUGGGAUUUUUACGUCUUGAAUCCCCAGUUAGUAUAUUUAAAGAAUUGAAGGCAACUUUCUGGCCCAUGCUUACUGCAGGGUGGAAGCUUUGGCCAUUUGCUCAUCUUGUUACAUAUGGUGUGAUCCCAGUAGAACAAAGGCUUCUUUGGGUGGACUGUGUAGAGCUUAUUUGGGUGACAAUACUCUCAACUUAUUCAAAUGAGAAGACAGAAGCAAGAAUCUCUGAUGCACCAGAAGAAGCCAACUCCAGUUCUCCAUCCAUAGAUCCUCCUCAGGUAGAUAAAACUUUUAACUGUUUUAGGCUUUGAGAAAAUACUCUUGCUGGCAGCUUCAUUUAAUUUUUAUUCAUAUACGAGCUACACAAACAGACUCUGAGGCAUCCAUUCUGUUGUCAUUUUCUCCCUGUUAGGAGUAAACAACACGAAAGUAACCAGAAACCAGAUGGUACAGAGGAGCCGCCGAUGCAAUUAUGAUAGAGUAACAAUCGACUUUUGCGUGGGUUUUGGCUCGAAGUGAUAAGCAAAGCAAUCCCGAUCAUGGCUGUCACGACUGGUUACUGGAUAUAGUGCAGACAUCUCAGAAACGUGCAUGUGCAUAAAAAAACAACCUCAUCUUCCAUUAACCAUUCACUGUGUAAGUAACCUAGCCUGUGCUACUGUAAAGUCUUCUUGAGAAACUGCCAGUUGAAGGCAGAUGAAUUUCUCCCAUUGUCACUGUGACCUUGAUUUAAUGAAAUGUAUUUCCUUUGCCACCGGAA